CCCGCUUCUCUGACCCCGGGAGGCGCCUCAGCUGAGAGGCGGCGCGUCGAGGCGGGGAGGGGGCUGCUCGCCGCCCGCUACGGGCCAUUUGCAGACCGCACGGACCGGCCGAGCCUCACUGUGCAGCGGGACUGGCCAGGCCAAGGCGGGGGCCGGGCCGUGGCAAGGGAGAGAAGUGAAGGCUACACACCCAGCAGGAGCCCGUCCAUGUCAAAGAUCAGGUAACGCGCCGUUGGGCAUCAAAGUCUUUGAAAUACCAGUUGCAGAAGCAAACAAGAAAAAAGCCAUGUCAGGCUCUCAAGGUGACAUGCUGGCUUGAAGACUUGUCCUACUUUGCCCUUCUGUGUGCAGGCAGUGGUUAGUUGUGGCUUCGCAUAAAGGCAGUCCUGUCACCUUUGCCUGUAGUUCAUGUGAUCGGACUUUGUACCUAUUUACCGAUAAUAAGUCCGCAGCCAUCUUGUUUGAAAACUAGAGGCAGAAACUGAAACAAUUCCGUGCUGCAAGGUUGUGUCUGCUGGGCUUAUACAAAAAGACUACAUUUGGGCAACUGCACUGAGACAAGAAGAAGCAAGAUGAAAGAGGAGAAGCCUGUUUAACCAAAGCAAGUGUUGAACGGCAUCUGACCAUGUAUUUUAUUUGCUAUGCAGAUUGUAAUGACUCGUUAAUAAUAUGGAUUCCGUACAUCCCGUCUUCUCACAAACUUAUUUUUUGCUUCUACCCUUAGGGUUCUCUCUAGGUGGUUUCCAGUAAGUGCAGGCCUGUAUCUAGGUGUUAAAUCCCUGUCAGACCAGCAGCUGAGGCUGCUUUAAUACUAGGAGAGCCACAGUCACCAAUAAGUAGCGCUGUGUACUCCUUGCUAGUGGCAGGACCGGUGUUGGGAGAGAAGCCGAGUGACACAGCAGCAGCAGGAGGAGUAAUGGUGGAGUGGUAGAGAUAAUAACAAUACCUGGGCAAGCAGAAUUGGAGGCGUCAAGGACCUGAAUCCAAGAGGUACUUGCAGCGUGCAUGAGUCCAGGCCAAAAGAUAAUGAGACCCUUGGAGCUAUUAUUGAGAAACUGCUGAAAUGCUGAACGGAAGUUAAUACUGAUGUACCACAAGAAAAUUGAAAAAAGGUGUGGUGUAUUGGCCCUGGCUGACAGCCCAGCACCCACACAGCUGCUCCCUCGCCUCCUCCGCAGUGAGAUGGGGGAGGAAAUAGGAGGAACAGGAGUGAGAAGACUUGCGGCUUGAAAUAAAGACAAGGAAGCCCCUUACCAGUAACUGUCAUGGGCAAAAUGAUGUGGAGAAUUUAGCUUAGCAUAUUGCCAGGAAGAAGAUGGAAGUCCUUUUACUUCUCAUAAUUUGCCAGUGUGCCAUAAACAGUGUCAAAACACACAGUACUUCAAAUCCCAAUGUCAUUUUACUGAUGGCUGAUGAUCUUGGUAUUGGAGACCUGGGAUGUUACGGGAACAGAACCUUAAGAACCCCUAAUAUUGACAGGCUAGCAGAGGAAGGAGUGACACUUACUCAGCAUAUAGCGGCGUCCCCACUUUGUACUCCAAGCAGGGCAGCUUUCCUGACAGGGCGAUAUCCUAUCAGAUCAGGAAUGGCUGCCUUCUCACGAGUUGGUGUCUUCUUGUUUUCUGCCUCUUCUGGGGGACUUCCUUCUGAAGAAAUAACUUUUACCAAACUCUUGAAGCAGAGAGGUUAUGCAACAGCUCUAAUAGGGAAGUGGCAUCUUGGGAUGAACUGUGAAAGCAGUAAUGACUUCUGUCACCACCCCCUCAGUCAUGGAUUUGAUUACUUUUACGGGCUUACCGUGACCAAUUUUAGAGACUGCAAACCUGGCCAAGGCAGUGUAUUUUUAAAAGGGGUUCAGAAAACUCUUGUCAUCCCUGUCCAGAUUGCUGGAAUCACCCUGGUCUCCUUGGCAAUAGUGCAGUACAUUGGCCUUCUCAAAGUACCUUUCCAAGCCUUGAGUUACUGCUUGUUAAUAACCGCUAUUUCAUUUGCGGUUUUGUUUUUUUUCUUUUAUCAUUUUCGACACCUGAACUGCUUCUUAAUGAGGGACCAUCAGAUUAUCCAGCAACCACUAUCCUAUGAGAACCUUACUCAGAGACUGACAAAAGAAGCCAUGCAGUUUAUAAGCAGGAACAGUGAUGCACCAUUUCUUCUUGUCCUGUCUUAUCUUCACGUCCAUACUGCUCUAUAUGCUUCAAAAAAUUUUAGAGGAAAGAGCAAGCAUGGUUUAUAUGGAGAUGCAGUGGAGGAAAUGGACUGGAGUGUAGGGCAGAUUCUGGAUAUGCUGGAGAAAUAUAAUCUGAGUGAUAAAACCCUUGUAUACUUUACAUCUGACCAAGGGGCUCAUGUUGAAGAAAUCUCCAGUUCUGGAGAAGUCCAUGGAGGAUACAAUGGCAUAUAUAAAGGUGGAAAAUCAACGAACUGGGAAGGAGGUAUUCGUGUGCCAGGGCUUCUCCGUUGGCCUGGAGUGAUACAGGCUGGUGCCUAUAUAGAUGAGCCAACAAGCAACAUGGAUGUAUUUCCUACCGUAGUCAAACUUGCUGAGGCACAGUUACCCUCUGACAGAAUUAUUGAUGGACAUGAUCUGAUGCCCUUACUUCAAGGAAAAGUUACCCGAUCCAAGCAUGAAUUUCUCUUCCAUUACUGUAAUGCAUAUUUAAAUGCAGUGCGCUGGCAUCCAGGAAACAGUGAAUCUGUCUGGAAAGUCUUCUUCUUCACUCCGAACUUCAGUCCUGAAAACUCCAAUGGUUGCUAUGAUUCUCACGUUUGCUUCUGCCAUGGAGGUUUCAUCACACAACAUGAUCCCCCACUGCUCUUCGAUCUUUCCAGAGACCCUGAAGAGAAAGUCCCACUGACUCCAGAAACAGAGAGCCGUUUCUAUGAUAUCCUCAGGGUGAUACACCUAGCAGUAGACAACCACACCAGAUCCCUGCAUGCUGUCCCUGACCAGCUGUCAUGGGACAAUCUUCUCUGGAAGCCGUGGCUCCAGCCAUGCUGCUCAUCUCUCCUUCAGUCUUGCUACUGUGACUACGACUCAGAAGGGAGCCUGCUGGAGGUACAUUUGGGAUAAACAAGCUGUGAUUCCCUUGCAGAAACUGGAACAAGAGAGUGUGGGCAGCUGACUUGAACCACUGUGGUACUAGCCUUCAGAAGGUUUUGUUGUGUAGGAGGACCUGUCUUUAAAUAAUGCAUCAUUGCAGUAGGAGAGAAUUUCAGUCAAGAAAAUGUGCCAAAAGAAGGAGGGCAAGAUGCACCUUUUCUGUCUUUAUAAAACAAGAACCAGUAUGAAGCACAUGUUGCCAUCCUCAGCUACAAAUUGACAGGCUGUAGGCAUUUUCUAGAUGAGAUAAUUUUCUAGAUCUUCAGCUUUCUUACACAGCAAGGAUUUUACCUAUAUUUUCUGUCAAAUACAACCACUAAAUGUACACUUUCCUGUCAUUUUCAGUAAAAAUUAUCCACAAUCAGUAGGACAUUGCACCAGGUAAUUAAAAAUAGAGAGAUAAUACUGUAGAGGUCCACCUGAAACUAUAAUUUAGUUACAUAAAGAGCAGACUUAUCAAAUCGUCUCUGUCAACAAGCAUCAUGGAUGUGAUAUAAUAAACAGAUUGCCAACAAUAUGAAUUUUAUGUGCCAUAAAAAUAUAGAGAGCUUUGUAGUGGAAGACCUUGCAUUCACAUUAAAAUGGUGCUCCCAUAGCUAAUGUCCUAUUGCGUGGCAUCAACCUUUGUUUAAGAAGGAAACCACUUCAAAUGCACCAGUCAUAAACCCAAAAACCCUACAAAUCCUUCAGUCCCUGAUAUAGACACACGUCAUAGCCCAGUUGAUAAAAUGGGCUCAUAGCCCAGUUGAUAAAAUGAAAGAUUUGGACCAUACUUGAUCUACCGUUUCCUGAGAAUAAACUUGGGCUUGAACACUUAAAGCCAAAAUAGCUGUCUCUGAGUUCUUAGCAAGGCCUUGGGAAAUCUGCAGUACUUCAGGGCUAAUUUCUGUAUUCAGGAACAUUUUCUUUCCACUCUGCAAGCAGGCAAAUUAUUUUCUUUGGCAGAUUUUACCAGAGGAAAACAUAUCAGAAAAGAAGUAAAAUGAUUUGAUGCCUGAUAAUAGAAGGUGACUUGCUCCUUAUCAGAAAACACUAGUUAAUUCCAAAAUUAUAACACAUUAAAAUCUGUUUGGUGGUAUUAGCACUUCACUAGUGCAAAAGUGAUCUGUGAUGAUAGUAAUGCAGUUGCUUCAGUCAGCCAACAUUAAGGUUGUGACCUGGUUCUUGGGAACUAUUGAAGCCUGUCCUAUAAAAAUAUAUUGUGAUAUAUGGUAUAUUUCUCUGUCUGUAAAACUUAGGCUUUAUUUGAUUUUUGUGCCACAGUUUCAUUCAAAAUUUCAUUCUCAGCAAUAUCCAGAUAUCUGUCCUGGGAAAUGUUGUACUCUUUCCUUGAAGUUGUAUGUUUGAUGUUUCACCUUGUGUUCAUGAUUGUGUAUCUUAAGUACGUGCUCUGCAAGCUCUCUGUAGGUAGCAAAGUCCUGUGUGUGCUGAUAAAGUUAGUCUGUUUGGGUAUUUCCCUGAUAACUACUCAAGAUGGUUUGUAUCAUACCUGGAAAGCAGUCAGAUGUCUAUUCAUGUGGCAUAAUUCCUUCUUUGCUUUAUUUAACCACUGAAUGUACUACAUACACAAAUUUAGGAAGAAGGAUGCCUGCAGUUUGAAUACAAGUACUCUUCUGCAGUGCUCAGUAUCUGCCUCUUGACAUCACGUCAGGAUCCAGAUAUCCCAAAUUUUUGUUCCUUACCAUGUGUCCCAAGAACCUUUUGUGGCAUGGCGCUGGUUCCUGUGUUCCUCCCCCUGCAGUGGGUGGGAUGACUGGGCUGUGACCAGGGAGCCUCUGCCCCAGCACUGAGCACCACGGCAAGGGGGGAUGCUCUCUCCAACUCCUGCAGCUCUCAUGGAUCUCAAUUUAUAUUCUCAAGGACAUCCACAUCUACUUCUUUUCACUGCGAAGUUGCUAUGUUGCUAUUAUUUCUUUCUGCAGGUGCAAGAAUUGUUUGUUCUGUUAGGCACAGCAGCUGUUCUGUGCUGCCUGACUGAGGUAUCAAAAAUCAUAAUUUUUCUACUGCUCUGAUUUUUUCUUGCCUCCUUGGCUUUUGGUGCCAUCUCUCUAAUCUCCUUUUUUAAAAGGUCCACAUUCCUCAAAUUUUUUCCACAUAUUUCUUUGCCACUCAGUCCUCCCAUUUGCUCAUAAUGAUUGUGAUGGCUAUUUUGCUUUAAUCAAUCAGAAAAUGAAAAGUGGUCUUUGUGAAAAGAUUUGAAUUUUGGGGCUCCUUGACUCUGCUAACCUCCUACUUAUUUAAGGUCUGGCAAGGAUUAACUUUUCAUUACAAAAGCUAAGAAUUAAAAACACACCCAAGACACCCUGAAUAAUAAAAGUUAUUUCUUGCUUGUGGCACAAGCUUCAUAUUUUCCAAAACACAAUUUAGUACAACAUUUAAUACAACAUUUUGACUUAAGCAGUAAAAUCUGAAAUCCGUGUUUACAAUUGUUCCUUUAAGAAAGAUUGUAUUAAACUAGGUCAGUAUUUUUCAUACUCUAGGUAAAUGCUAUUUCAUUUAAUGCCUAAAAUAAACCUUCCUUGUAUUGCAAAUGUAUUAUACCUUUCAGUACUGUACCUUCUGUUCUGGAGAUGGCAUGUCAGAUCAUGGUAACUAAAGUAGUCUUGUUUACCUGAAAAAUAAACUAAGAAGCACAAUCUA